CACUGUCAUCGUGGACGGUCGGUCAUGUCAUGAACCCGUCAGAGGGCAGGAGUCACUCGUACUUGGGUGGGAUAAGGAAUGUAAAUGUCUGACGACAAAGAAGCCCAGGAGGAUGAGCUACUUGCUUUAGCAAGUAUCUAUGAUGAGGAGGAGUUCCACCGGGCGGAGUCGGCACAAGGGGGAGAGAUCCAACUCUGUCUGGAGCUCCCUCCUGACUUCAAAGUAGUCGUCAAUGGAGAAGAGAAAACUGAAUACAGUGUUUGCUUCUUGCCUCCUUUGGUGAUCAACUUUGAGCUUCCUGCAGACUAUCCCUCCACGUCCCCACCGAUCUUCACUCUUAGCUCUAAAUGGAUGAACAGAGCACAAAUGAGCUCUCUGUGCCGACGCCUGGAUGAGCUAUGGGAGGAAAACCAGGGCUGUGUGAUUCUUUUCACAUGGAUCCAGUUCCUCAAAGAGGAACCACUGGACUUCCUGGGCAUUCAGUCUCCUCUAGAAAUCGUCAGGGGAGGAAGUAAGGCAGGUGGUGAGCGAAGGAAAACUGACCCUGCAGCUGCAGCUCCGUCGCAGUGUGGGAGUCAUUCUGAAAAGGCAGAGGAUACGAAAAGAGAAGUAAAGAAGGAAAAGUCAGAACAGCAGUUUUCAUCAUCUUCUCAACUGGAUCCGCGGGCCGUCACGUUGAUGGACCCGCGGGCCGACCUGCUACCUCAGCUGCUGGACUUUGACGAGGCGCAGCGGCAGAGGGUGUUCGACAGCAAGGUGUUCUGCUGUGGAAUCUGCUUUGUAGAGAAGCUGGGCGCCAACUGUCUCUGCUUUAAGGAGUGCCAACAUGUUUACUGCAAGGCGUGCAUGAGUGAAUACUUCCAGAUCCAAAUACGGGACGGCAACGUUCAGUGCCUUAAUUGCCCUGAGCCCAAAUGUACCUCUUUAGCCACACCGUUGCAGGUGAAACAGCUGGUGGAUGAGGAGCUGUUUGCCCGUUAUGACCGUUUGCUGCUUCAGUCCAGUUUGGACCUUAUGGCUGACGUGGUCUACUGUCCCCGCCAGUCCUGUGGCACCGCUGUGAUGGCGGAGCCAGACACAACCAUGGGCAUUUGCUCAGCUUGCCAGUACGCUUUCUGCACUUUGUGCAAGCUGGGUUAUCAUGGUGUCUCCCACUGUAAACUCCCUGCAGAGGAGUUACGUAACCUAAGAGAUGAGUACCUGUCAGCCACAACUGAAGGGAAAAAGUUUAUGGAGCAACGCUUUGGAAAAAGGGUGAUCCAGAAAGCAGUCGAGGAGUCCUUCAGCAGAGACUGGCUCAAUGAGAACUGCAAAUGCUGCCCUCGCUGUGGAACCAAUAUACAGAAAGUAGAUGGCUGUAACAAGAUGACCUGCACUUCUUGUAAGCAGUACUUCUGCUGGCUGUGCCUGGGCGUCCUCAGCAAAGUCAACCCAUACAGUCACUUUAACAACCCAAAUUCACCCUGUUUUAACCAACUCUUCCACGGUGUAGAUCUUGAUGAAGAAGAUGCCUUCUGGAGUGAUGAGGAGGACUGACAGCAGUGCAGCACCUCACUGCUAUAUGCUACAUUUGAAUGCACUUUAUCGCUCACAAAACCAUCACUUCAUUUGUGGCUUUCACGAUGCCUGCAUUGGCCCAGCAGUACCACUACAAACAUAUACCAUUGUUUAUGUUUUGAAUAUAGUCAAGCAUCUUGAGUUACAAAACAUUUGAUGCCUGGGAGUUAAUUGCUGGUUAUGACUUAGAAUAUGACAGAUGUCAUAUAUAUAAAGUUUUAUAAUAUUCAGGAAUGGCAAGAAUGGUCUUAGCUUUUAUCUAAGAGAGAAAUAGAAAGAGAAAGAGCUUGGACAUUUUGGUAAGGGUUAAAAUUUUCUAAACAACUCUUUCUUUGUUAUGAGCUUCAGGGAUACAUACUUGGAUAUGUGCUUAGUGAUUGUUCACACAGUUUGUGUUUCAAACCUUGGAAAUAUGGCAAUGUCAUUGAUUGAAAUUCGUUGAAAUUUGUGGUUGGAUUUAUUUUUAUUUUGCAGUAGAUUAGGUCCACAGAUCAACUUUCUGUCUUCCCAAUUAGUCGUUCACUCCAUGAUGAAUUCUGCACAUCCUGCAGGCUGGUAAUGAUCAAGACUUCACGGUGGAAGCACUGACUACGCUCAGUUUAGUGAAUUGAAUGUGCUUUUUGCUUCCAAUUAGUUAACAACUGUCCCCAUGGGAAAACAGAGACUGUGCACUUGCCCUGGUUUGUCAUCCUGCCAACUACAGUAAUUAUGUAUGCCCUGACUUGACUCUGUGUCACUUGUCAGAAGUAUGGCACAGCACAUUUUUCUUUGGACAAACUUUAAGGUGGAUAAUUAAGUCAAUUUCAUGAUCUAACCAAGAUAUUCUAAAUGCAACAAAAUUAUGACAUGGAGGGGAAACCCACAGAUUCAUCUGAAAUCUGUUGUUUUUACUGUUUGUUCCAGCUUUAAGAUUUGUUUAGGUUGGCUGCAAGUAUGGGAAACCCUUCUGCCUCCCUGCACAGUGAUCUCUGCACGUUACUUUUGACUGGAUGUAAAUGGAUGAUUAUCUACAGUGAGAUGAGUUCAUUUACAGGAUGGUGUUUCAUAAGUUGAUCAAACUCAGUCAGGUUUAAAAGAAAAAAUAGUUUGCUCAAAAAGGUUUUCCUAUUUGCUAGAGUGUGUUGAGUCAAACAGAAUGUAGUUAUGGAGGGCACUGCAGAAGAUGUUCGUGACAGUUGAUCCUUUGAUAGUGUUGCUGCAAUUAUUAUUAUGAUUUGCCUACCUGUUGGAUAAGUCAAGCAGGGACUGUGGAAUACUGGUGAACAGCCAGUACACUUUGUAAUGAGAUUUGACUAGGUUUAUUCACACCCUCCUUUAUACAACUGCUCUUUUACCGUUUGCCAAAUAUUAGUGUCAAAGUGGGGCCAUAGAAUCUUGCUAAUGUCUUGAGAUACAGAAAUGAUUUUGUGUAAUGUUAACUUAAUGUUUAUUUUAAGUUUGAUUGGAAUAAGACUAUCUCAUGCAAGCACAAAAUCUGGUUGUUUUCAACACUGAAUGAUUUGCUCCUUCCUGUUUGCAAAAUGCAGAAUACUUUGACAAUUAUUGCUUAUCUGGAUUGGUAAAAAAAAAAAAAGACAAUCUCUUGUUAGGUCUCGAAAUACACAAGUUCACUUUUUCCAAUCAAUGCAGGCCCACUGUCACUUCAUGUUUCAUGUCACAGUACCUGCAGAAUCCUGUUGAUUGCAUUCAACAUACUGUUCCCUGAAAUAAAUAUUAUACUUAA